AGGCAUCUUAAAAUCCAGUGAUGAAAAUCAAAUACAAAGUUUACCAUUCAAUUUAGCAGAACCUAAAGAAUUGAAUAAUGUGCCUUGUGCAAGAUUUCUGAAACUGGAACCCGAGAUAUUGAAUCCCAAAGAGCACAUUCACUAA